UUAUUUUAGAACCCUAGCCGCUGUUCUUCUACUCCCAUUUUUCUUUGCGCAUCUUCACCCAUCGCCAAGAUGCAGAUCUUCGUCAAAACCCUAACGGGGAAGACUAUAACCCUAGAGGUCGAGUCUUCCGACACCAUUGACAAUGUCAAAGCUAAGAUCCAAGACAAGGAAGGCAUUCCACCUGACCAACAACGUCUUAUCUUCGCCGGCAAGCAACUCGAAGAUGGCCGCACCUUAGCCGACUACAACAUCCAGAAGGAAUCCACUCUCCACCUUGUCCUCCGUCUCAGGGGAGGUGCGAAGAAGAGAAAGAAGAAGACCUACACCAAGCCCAAGAAGAUCAAGCACAAGAAGAAGAAGGUCAAGCUCGCCGUCCUCCAGUUUUACAAGGUGGAUGAGUCCGGGAAGGUUCAGAGACUGAGAAAAGAGUGCCCUAAUGCGGAAUGUGGCGCCGGGACCUUCAUGGCUAACCAUUUUGAUAGGCACUAUUGCGGUAAGUGUGGGCUCACUUACGUUUACCAGAAGGCUGGUGGGGAUUGAGUAGAGUCCGGUUCUACCUGCGGUUAGUGUCUUGCAAAAAAUUGAAUCUAUAGCUAUUUUUCUUUACAAUAUGAACAUUAGGAUUUUGAUUUUCCGUAAUCGUUGAACUUUUUUAAAUUUAUGUAUGCUUUAUUAUGUUAUGAUACUUUGGAUAUGAUUUUGGAGUUUUGAAUGAUUUAUCAAAUCAGCUUUUUGAAUCAAA